GCUGCUGCACACAGCGGAGCGCAGAGACUUUUCUACAUGCUCGAAAGAAAAAAUAUGCACCGGCAUGGAAAUGUUGGCAAACGGAUUUAGAUCCACGGAUCGGACCGGCGAGCAGGUCUAAUCUCACCUGAGCACUUUUUGUUUUUGCGACUGUUGUGUCCAAGCAGCACCACAAAAAAAAGAGGGGGGGAGACGUAUAAAUUUACGCACUGGCCGCGCAGCAUGCCUGAGUUGGACUAGAGGCGACCCUGCUGGAGCGCAACACGCUGAGAGCCUGGAGGGAUAUUUACAAUAGAAACUCCAUUCCUUUUUCCGAGAAGAAGAAUAGCAGAGGGGCGGAGGAGUGAAAGAUAACACUGGAAUGAAGUGGAGCUUGGGAUUCCCAGCGUGCUGCGGAGUUGUGACUGAUGGAUGAAUGUGGUCAUCUGUAGGCUAUAUACAGCGACAGGUACAGACACCAUCAGGGGAGCGUUCACAAAAAGGAACGGCGCAGCGCAUGAUCGACAGCUGCAUCGCCCCCAAAAACUGUGCGAUCGAUUAAAUCUGUGUCAUCAUCACACAUCGAAUCGUAUCGCUGAGUUAUACCUCUCUCUUUUUUAAAAGGUCGUGAAGGGGCUGUUUUCGUCUCAGCCACAGGUCAACCAGGACACUCGGGGCUGCUUUUUCACCCCCCUUCAGAUCCUAUUAAGAAACCGAGGGGCUUCUUCUCACGUCCUGCGGACAGUUCAGUCAAGGACACGGGGGUCUAAAGCAGAUUUUUAAGAAGAAGGACAGAAGGACAUGUAUCUGAUAUCGACCUCACAUGCUCCCGACUGAUCGACGCUCACCUUCCCACCGGGCGAACCACAGAUAUUGGCUGCCAGGCGCACUGUCCGACUCUCUGAGUUAUCGGCUCACUGUCUGUACGUUUAUCAGAAUGGCGGGACUCGGUUGUUGGAAGUAUUACCUCUGGAUCUUAAUUUUAAUGUGCAGGUCGGCGUUACCCUCAGCGAAAUCGUUGGAGACUAUAAUUUGGAGCUCGCAGAAUCCCAAGUUUGUGGCUGGAAAGGGCCUGGUGAUCUACCCAGACAUCGGGGACAAAUUGGACAUCAUCUGUCCCAAAGCGGACCAAGGCAGAGAGUAUGAGUUUUACAAGCUGUACCUGGUGAAGAGGGAGCAGGCGGAGAGCUGCAGUACUGUCCUCGAUCCAAAUGUCCUGGUCAACUGUAACAAGCCGGAGAAGGACAUCAAGUUCACCAUCAAAUUCCAGGAGUUCAGCCCCAACUACAUGGGCCUGGAGUUCAAGAAGAAUGUCAAUUACUACAUCACCUCAACCUCCAAUGGUACAGUAGAGGGCCUGGAGAACCGGGAGGGAGGUGUGUGCAAGAGCCGAGCCAUGAAAGUCAUCAUGAGAGUCGGGCAAGUCCCAAACGCAGUGAACCCCGUGGCGCCGGAGGCUCCAGAAGACAACGCCAUACCGGAGUCCAGUCCCAGUCCGCCUGACCAGGGUCACAAUUUACCCAACGUGCCGGGAAACACUGACCACAUGAAUCAGGAUCAGUCUGGUUCCUCUGCAAACUCAGACGGCAUCCUUGGCUCCAAAGUGGCUGUGUUCUCCGCCAUCGGGGCCGGCUGCAUCAUCUUCCUCCUGCUCAUCCUCCUCCUCGUCAUUCUGCUCAUCAAGAUGCGCAAGCGCUCCAGGAAAAACGCCCACUCGCAGCCACGCCCCUCCGCGCUGUCUCUCAGCACGCUGUCCAAUCCCAAGCUGCCAGCGGGCACGGCCGGCACGGAGCCAAGUGACAUCAUCAUUCCGCUGCGGACAGAGAACAACUACUGCCCUCACUAUGAGAAGGUGAGCGGCGACUAUGGCCAUCCCGUCUACAUUGUCCAGGAGAUGCCCCCGCAGAGCCCUGCCAACAUCUACUACAAAGUCUGACACUCUCCGCGCAGCCAGCGACAGAGCCAGGAGAGAGAAUGAGAGGAGCGCUUGAUUUAUGUUCUCGGGAAGAACACUUUCCUUUGCAUUUUGGGGACUUGAUGGUUCCUUCAAGCCCCUGUUAUUUCUACCACCUGCUGCACAAAUCUGGAGAGACACGCACUGACCAGUAAUCAGCGGGCUUGCGAACUGACUGACGAGAAAAGUUUAUUCUGUUUGUUUGGGUUGUCUGACAAUCCCCCCCCACCCCCACCCCACUCCUCCACCCUUCUCCUCCUCCUCCCUUCACCUACCUUCACCUCCAACCUUCUAACGUCUCCCUGCUGUGCUCCGCCAUGGGGGGGGGGGGGGGGGUACAGUCCCCGAAGUACAGUCUGUGCUACACCCAAUUAAACACACCAUCCUAGCACACUAGCCAGAAACAGGCAGACACAGGCCUCCGAACGCCACUCAGCCUGCAGUUUGUGUGCGAGCAUAAAAUUUGUGUGCGUGUUUGUGUGUGUGUCUGCGUGCAUGUGUGCGUGUGUGUUAGUCAGGGCUCCGUGCUGGGCCAGGAAACUCUCCAGAUAGCUCAGGUUUCAGACACAGUGUGUGAAAUAAUGUGUUCCUCUCCCUUCGCACCUCUGAUGUUUGCCUUACUUACUAUUUUUGAUGGAGGAUUUGACCCUGAUUCAGUUCACAAAGCAGUUGUAUUUUGUUAGACUUUUCCUACAAGUGCACAAUGUAUAGAGUUGAAUAGAUCAUCAUUAUUACUCCAUUAUCUCACCACCCAUAUCAUCCAUUGCGUUCAUUUUGUUUUUUGUUUGUUUUUUUAACUCCGGAGAAAAUACCUUGACCUGGACUGUGGAAGUCAAGUUGUGUAUGUGUGUAUGUGUUCCCGGAAAACACUCCCUUCUCCACUUGUCUGAUAUGAGCUUUACCAUUACUCUGGUAUUUAUGACCUACCUGUGUGUAUUUGAGGGUGUGUUCUGUGUGUAUGUAUGUGUGUAUGUGUGUGUGUGUGUGUGUGUGUACGGGCAUGUCCAGACCAGUCUUGUAUCUAGGCAGACUUAUUGGCUUAGGGGCAGAACACUGAGUUACUGUAUCACAAGCUUCAAAAAACAAGACAGACUGAGGCGCCGUCAGACAGACAUGCCCAAGAUCUUAACAAAACUCUUCCAGCGCUGAUGAGCUUACAUGGAGAUGAUUUUUUAAGACAGCAGGCACAUUAAAUUGUGUUUGUUCUAGCUUCUGCUGCUACAGUGUAAGCAUCAAACAGUUAGUUUGGAUCCUGCUGUCUGGGCUAGGUGGGUGUAGGUUGGAUAGGCAGCCUUAAUUGGCUGGCCUACAUAGGUAGGAUGCCCUAUAUAUAAGUUGGAUGGCGAUCCACGGCUGAACAUUGGGAUACAGUAUCAUCAGAUGCCAAUUGGCUGCCAUCUGUAGAUGAGUCAGUGGAGUGCACAGUCAGUGGUGUCGCCAGCAUGUGACUAAUCUAUGUGCCAUCUCCUUGCCCACACUCACCAGCCGGGGAGGAGAGAGAGCGAGAGUGGUGGAUAAAAGGAGAAAAUGUUCCUGUGACUUGGCUUUAACCUGAGAGGAAUAUGGCGUCAGGGAUGGGGGUGGGUGGUUGGGGGGCGGGGGGCGAUGGUUGAUGAGGGGUGAGGGGGAGGUAGUUUAGCAUUCAUUUUUCCAUCCUCUCGCCAGUUGUGCUGUGAAUAAAAAUGCUGCGCAGAAUAUUCCACAGUCAAGGUGUUCAGCCAGCGAGGACACUGCAGCUCAGCUAUCACACAGCCCAGGGCAGCGGCACAGAGACAGGAUUUACUGCAGCUGGGUGUGUGCACACCGAAGAUCACUUUUAGGUGUGUGUCUGUGUGUAGGAGGAGGGGGUUUGUUCCAAUCUGUCUGUGUGCACAUGUAGGUGUUUCUAUGUCUGAGUGCUUAUUUGUGCUUAUAUUUGCAGUUUUCCUAUGUGUGUGUAUGUGUGUGAAUGCUUCUGUGGUCUAGCAGCUGAGCAGACUUGUUAUGGGGAGUGGAACUAGGUGCUCCAAAGAGUGUGGCUGCCAAAGUACGGAGCACCGCAGUCCCAGUUAAUGAUGUGUGAGAGGAGAGGGGAGCAGAUAAGGACAGCUAUUCCUCAGCAUGCAGACACGAGCUGACGUUUGACGCACAUGUGCACACACACACACACACACGCACAGACACACCGACACACCGAGACUGACGGGUCCAGGUUUAUCUCCAGUCAAACGGUCAGACUGCCGGUGAAUAAACAUUCACCGGCAGAGGCACCUAUCAUCCGCUGCCACAUACUAUCGCCAUCCACAGAUAUACACUGCUGAGUUAAAAGGCAGCCCUGCUUGAAGACUUGGGGAAGACUCCAGUGGCUUUUGCGUGUCGUUAACCUCAGAGUUAACAGCCUAAACAGCUGCUCGUGCUUUUGCGGUCCUGUGUUUUAACUCAGCAUGCAGCCCCUCAGCGGACCUCUGUGAAACACAUCUAAAUCAAAUAUUUUUGUUUCGGAUCGGUGCGCAUCCCUUCACCUACACCAGCCAAGGGAGUCAUUACCAAAUUACCACAAACCCAUGUUUCAUUUUCAUUCAUUUCUAGUGACCACUUAAUGUUAUUCAAAUUUGGGGGAGAAAAAAAAAAUUUAAAACAGAGAAAUGUAAAUACAUGGAUAGAGCCCAAUUUAAGAUGUAAUUUCACCUGAACACUGCUCAUAAGAAAAAUUUAAGACUAGAUUUUUGUAAUGGAGGAUGUUUGUAAAUAGCUGUCUUUUUAAAGUGUGUUUUGUAUGAAUCCUUGCAUUUUUUUGUCUCUGUUUGCAAUAUGUUUUUAUUUUAUUUUCUUUUAGAGUUGAACUGAAUAUUGCAACGGACACACAAGCUGUCUUUUUUUGCAGCGUCCAGUAUUGUCAAAAAGUCUUUGUUACCACACGUGUUAGAAGAAAAAAAAAAAAACUGGGGUUCAGAGUUUUUACAUCGCCAUUCAACAGGAUUGUAGUUCCUCAGAAGCUGUUCAGUACUGAAGGUUUGUCACCAAGCGGCUUUGAAACAGGUCACUGAUAAGCCCUUUCCCUGUUGGAGACAGCACUUAACUCUGCAUAUGAAGACUGUGUUAUUCCACUGCCUUUGAGUUACCUACACCUUCCACUCCAUUAUGAGAUGUAACAGAAACAUUUUGGUCCAGAAAGAUUAAUCUUUUCUCAGUUUUAAUAAGUGUAUUGGGCCAGACAGAGAGAAACGUAGAGAGAGAGAGAGAGAGCGGGAGAAAGGGAGAGGAAUAAGAAAAGGGGCCAUGUAUGAGAGUGUGACCGUUCUGCGCUCACCAAUAAAUCAUCCGGUUUACACCACUCAUUAUCUCCCAGGCGGUCCUUUGUUUUAAAGUUGCUCUCUCUUUCUCUUUCCCUCCCUCCGCCUCUCUCCUUUGUCAUCCCUCCUUUCCUAAUUUAGCACAAGGAUGUUGGUUGAUGGCUCAUCGUAUGAGCCUCACUGUAGGUUGAUUUCUGCUAUUGUUCAAAGCCACAGUAUUAUUUUUCAAUGUGCAUGUGUAAGCAAAACCUGUUGAAUUUGUUUCCCUUUGUUUGAAUCAUAACUGUCAAGUUUUGUUAUUUUAUUUUAAUUUUUUUUUUUCCAUUCACUUUUUCGCCGCUUCUCAGCGUAACCUAUUGGCACCAGCUACAAUGGAAAUAAUGUUCCACCAGUUUGGAAACUACCGCAUAUUGAUAAAUAAAAUUUUUCCCAUGGAACUUGG